UCGCUCUCCCCAAGGGGCCGGGCCAGGGGUAGUGCGUAAAUGGGGGCAAGCGGGAGGACAGGCAGUGGCGGCUUUUCGGGCCAGGGCACUGGGCACGGUCGGGCUUGCGCGCUUUCUGCUGCCCGGGCACCUUGGCGAGCGCCAUGGCUACUUGUUAUAAGCCGUGGCUGGGGGCCCUGAGCGUGGGGCUGGCGUGCGUGGUCGCCGGGGUCUUGAUGGUCGUCCUGGUGCCCGGCAUCAUUGAAGAGCAGGUGGUGAAGAAUGUGAGACUAGAGCCCAAUGGCAUGGCUUUCAAUAUGUGGAAGGACAUCCCAAUUCCUUUCUUUUUUUCAAUCCACUUGUUUGAGGUGGUGAAUCCCAAAGAAGUUCUCAGUGGAGCCAAGCCAGUGGUGAAUCAGCGAGGUCCUUAUGUGUACAGGGAGCACAGGCAAAAAACAAAUAUAACCUUCCAUGACAAUGGUACAAUCUCCUUUGUGGAAUACCGGCGAUUCUUCUUCGAGCCAAGCAUGACGAACGGGACAGAAGACGAUUACAUUGUGAUACCGAAUAUCUUGGUGCUGGGAGCAGCAGUGAUGUUAGAGGAUCUACCAUUUCCUUUGAAGCUGACAGUUAGCGGCACAUUUGUCGCCUUUGGUCAGACGGCUUUUCUCAACCGAACAGUUCGUGAACUCUUGUGGGGCUAUGAUGAGCCACUCCUUGACUUCCUCAACUCCAUCAAGCCCGGCAUGCUUCCAUUCAAAGGGAAAUUUGGCUUAUUUGUUGCAUUAAAUGAUACAGAUUCAGGCCUGUUCACCGUGCACUCGGGUAUGGAUGACAUUGCCAAAGUCCAUAUGGUGGAUACUUGGAAUGGAUUAAGAAAGUUAUCGUACUGGAAUUCUGAUGAGUGCAACAUGAUCAACGGGACUUCUGGGCAGAUGUGGCCGCCUUUUAUGACCCCUUCGACGCCUCUGACAUUCUACAGUCCUGAUGCCUGCAGAUCCAUGGAACUUGAGUACAGGGAUUCUGGGCAUUUCAAAGGGAUCCCUACCUUGACAUUUGUGGCUCCAAAGACUUUGUUUGCCAACGGAGCGGACUAUCCACCGAAUGAGGGCUUCUGCCCAUGCCGGCAAUCAGGAAUUCAGAACCUCAGCUCUUGUCAGCACAAUGCGCCAAUGUUCCUUUCCCAACCUCACUUCCUCAACGGGGACCCAGAGCUUCUGAAGACGGUGGAUGGCUUGCAUCCCAACGAAGAGGCUCACGGAAUAUUUCUGAACAUGCAUGCGAUGACUGGAAUUCCAGUAAAAUGUGUUGUCAGGAUGCAGAUGAAUCUUUAUAUAAAGAAGGUCAUUGGCAUACUUCAAACAAAAUCAAUCAAGCCUGUUGUGCUGCCUGUACUCUGGUUUGCAGAGAGUGGAAAGAUUGAAGGAGACCUCUUGACGGAGUUCUAUACAAAUCUGGUGCUGAUCCCCUCAGUGCUGGGAUACCUUCAGUACUGCUUGAUCGCUCUUGGAGGUCUCCUACUGAUUACUGCUGUCAUGCUUUUGCUCAGGAAGAGCAAGACAUCCUUUUUACAGCAGAAGGGUGGGCCUGUUGCAUUGCGGAGCCCACCUUCCACAAAGUAUAGUAACCGUGGCCAGUACCAGGAUUACCAGGGGCCUCAGAGAGACACUCAUAAGAAGAUUCCACAAAUGCCUGACCUUCAGAAAGAACUACCCCAGGAUCCAGACACUACCCCACUUCUGCAAGAGAACUCUACCACAGCAGCCCACGAUGUUUCUGACACAUGAGAUCUUGCCCUCUUCGUGGAGGAAUCCUUUCCAAUACAUGUGAUUUGGGUGGGUGACAGUCUAGUCAAGAGAAUAGACCGCUUUGGCCCAACUGCUUGGAUUCUGCAUUGGCUGUCCUGAAGUGGGGGGAUAUGUUCAAACCCUCCUGCCCGCACAAAACAUUAUUCGCAAGACUGUGGGGAGAUGCCGGAGAGCUUCCUGUGCAAAGAGGUGAUGCUCAACACUGUUCAGAACAAUGGUCAUCAAGUAGGUAUCUCUGCAGUGAUAUUUCCAUCUAACUGGAAGCGUGGUGAUUGAUUGGAAUGUGCCUCUUGCAUUACCCAAAGCUCUUCUCCUAAAAGCCUGCUGCUUGGUUUCUUAAAAUAUAAAGGGACUUGAUAGGCUUUUUUAAUACAUGAGAUUCUAUGAUAGACUUAACACUGCCAGUCCUUUCCUGUUUGAAGGCUUCGGAAGUCCCUUUUAACAGCUGGAGAUCUAAACUCAUGUAAAAUUUUGACUAACACCUGUGCUUCCUCCAAGAGAUCACUGUGAUAAACUGCUUCCUUACACUUAGUGGGGCUUUUCUGCACCACUGCCCGCCCCCCCCCCCCACCGCCCACUUCCCACAGCAAUCCAGGAAAAAACUGUGUCCAAAAAUUCAGGGACUCUCAGAGUGGCAUCUAACAAGCAUGGGUGGCAUCCAGGAACCAAAAUCAAGAGAGUUUCUGUGAGUCAGCGGAUGUUUGAGUCUCUUCUUGGGUCCUGGCCCUCACGUUAUUCUCUUUCCACCACUUGUGCACCUAAAAUAGUCUUAAUAUUUAGCAACAGAUGCUCGAGAAAUGCUGUCGCUUUUGUAUGUUUUUAACUUGCCUGGAAACCUUAUCCACACAUUUUUGUGUACACAGUUAGCUUUUUCUUAAAAAAGAAAAGAAAAAAACAACCACCACAGGCUGCCUAGAACAAGAGGCAUUAAUUCUCCAGGUCUUUGCCUUGGAAAAGUUUUUUAAGAAAACUUGGUGCUAAUUUUGGGAUGGUAGGAAGAGCAGGCUAGAAGGAAGAUUCACCCUUGUGUCUUCCAUCUCAGUCCUCUAAGAAAUUACCGACAUCCACAGUUCUGAUCUGCAUCUGCCACUUUCCCCUGAGGUGGUAGAGAGGCCUCGCAGGACUGUCAAAGGCCCCCACUACCCACCCACCCACCCCCGCUUUUUUAAAAUUUUCACCUUAAUUGUAUUUGCCAAAACAUGAUUGUAUUUGCCAAAGGAAAAUAAAAAUACACCUAAACCUUUUUGA